CUGAUCAAUCCCAUCCCUUUAAAUUUAUUGGCAGUCAUAAUACUAAUCAGAAUUUUUUCAGUAAUGCUAGGAACAGUGAGUGACGCUUAGCCGAGUUGGUGUAUUUUUGCUGUGGCCCCAACCUCCACUCAAAUGAUACACCCGAUCGCAUCACUAGAUAAAAAUGGCGCCUUUUAUAAUCUGUUUUUUUGGUGUUUCUGGCUUUCACUCUAAUGGCUUCUUUUUGGAGCUAUGGGAUUGUUCUUAUUCUUGUUCUUGCUCUGCUGCAAACUUGGUCCCUUGAAACUCUUGCUAAAAGCAAUGUUUACAUUGUUUAUUUGGGAGACAGACGCCAUGAUGAGCCUGAGCUGGUUCAGGAGUCCCACCAUGCUUUUCUAUCAGAUAUUCUUGGAAGCAAAGAAGCUGCAAAGGAAUCAAUUUUGUACAGCUACAAGCAUGGAUUUUCAGGAUUUGCUGCAGUUUUAACCAAGUCACAAGCAAAGCUUAUUGCAGAUUUCCCUGGAAUUGUUGGCGUAAUUCAAAAUAAGAUUCUUACUCCACAUACAACUAGAAGUUGGGAUUUUCUGCACGUAAAGUCUCAUCUAGAGAAUGGAAUCCUUUCAAAGAGUCAUUUUGGGGUUGGGUCCAUAAUUGGUGUUCUGGAUACUGGUAUAUGGCCGGAAUCAAAAAGCUUCGUAGAUGAGGGUAUCAGAGAGGUGCCAUUACGUUGGAAAGGGAUAUGCCAGGAAGGAGAACAAUUUAAUCACUCUCAUUGCAAUAGGAAAAUUAUUGGUGCACGUUGGUAUAUUAAAGGUUAUGAAGCUGAAUUUGGAAAGAUAAAUACAAGCGAUUGGGCUGAGUUCUUGUCUCCUCGAGAUGCUGGAGGUCAUGGAACUCACACGUCAUCUACUGCAACUGGUGUUGUAGUGGAAAAUGCAAGUUUUGUGGGACUAGCUCAAGGAUUGGCAAGAGGGGGUGCUCCAUCAGCUUGGUUAGCUGUCUACAAAGUUUGUUGGGCUACUGGUGGCUGCAGCUCAGCUGAUGUUCUUGCUGCAUUUGAUGAUGCAGUCUUUGAUGGUGUCGAUGUGCUUUCUGUAUCUAUUGGCUCAACGCCUCCGCUUGCUACUUAUGUUGAGGAUCCAGUAGCUAUAGGUUCCUUCCAUGCUGUUGCUAAAGGAAUUACCGUAGUAUGCUCUGCAGGGAAUUCUGGUCCCUAUCCUCAGACUGUCAUAAACACAGCUCCAUGGGUGAUUACUGUUGCAGCAAGCACCAUUGAUCGAGCUUUUCCCACUAGAAUCACCCUAGGUAACAAUCAAACUGUUGUGGGUCAGGCUUUGUAUACAGGGAAUAAUUUAGACGAGUUUCACCCUCUCGUGAAUGGAGAAGACAUAGCAGCUUCUGAUGCUGAUGCUGACAGCGCGAGAAGCUGUGAACCAGGAACACUGAAUGCCACUUUAGCGAGAGGAAAAGUAAUUGUGUGUUUUCAAUCUUGGUCACAGAGGUCAGGUACCACUGCUAGAAGAACUGUGUUGGAUGUUCAAGGUGUUGGUCUUAUCUUUGCACAGUUUCCUGAUAAGGAUGUUAUUUUAUCCUUGGAUAUCCCCUCUGUCCAAGUGGAUUUUGCAAUUGCAACAUAUCUUCUUGCAUACAUGGAGGCAAGCAGAAAUCCUAUUGUCAAAUUUAGCUUCACAAAAACAGCCGUUGGGAAGCAGAUAUCACCAGAAGUUGCAUUCUUCUCCUCUCGAGGACCUAGUUCCCUCUCCCCCAUUGUGUUAAAGCCUGACAUUGCUGCUCCUGGGGUUAAUAUCUUGGCCUCUUGGUCCCCUGCUUCACCUGUAAUGUCUGAUAUGAACAAUAAAGUAACAUCACUAAACUUCAAAAUCGAAUCAGGAACAUCCAUGGCUUGCCCCCACAUAUCUGGUAUUGUAGCGCUUCUUAAAGCUAUUCAUCCAACAUGGAGCCCUGCUGCAAUCAAGUCUGCACUGAUCACAACAGCUUCUGUGAUGGAUGAAUAUGGUCAAAAUAUUAUUGCUGAGGGAGCUCCACACAAGCAAGCUGAUCCAUUUGAUUAUGGAGGUGGUCAUGUUGAUCCUAACAAAGCCUUGAAUCCUGGUCUUAUAUAUGACCUGGGGAUCUCAGAUUACGUCCGUUUUCUUUGUUCCAUGGGCUACAAUAAUUCUGCCAUCAGCUUAAUGACCCAGUCUCAAACUGUAUGCCAGAAAUCAACCAAGUCCCUUGCAAAUCUUAAUCUACCUUCCAUCACCGUUCCUGAGCUGAAGAACAAGCUAACCGUUUCAAGAACAGUCACAAAUGUUGGUCAUGUUGCGUCUGUCUACUUUGUUCAUGUUCAAUCUCCACCUGGCAUUUACGUGAGAGUUAAGCCAUCAAUUUUGUCAUUUAAUUCUUCAAUAAAGAAGCUCGAGUUCAAGGUAACUUUUUGUUCCCUAUUAAAGGUUCAAGGAAGAUACUCAUUUGGAAACCUUUUCUGGAAAGAUGGCUUCCAUGUAGUGAGAAUACCUUUGAUAGUUAGACCUGUAAUUGAUGAUUUCUACGCAGAAACAUGAUGCAGAUGUGAAUAACUAUGUUAAAUUUCGAGAAUAAUGUCCUGUUACAUUCCUCAUAAUGAAAUGAAAUGUUGUUUGGGAUUCUUAUUAACUGUGUCCAUAUACAUAACAAUUUAGUCUAUUUGAAUUUUGAUAGGAAGUCUUGAUUUGUUUAUGUGCUUCUUUAGAAGUUCCAUAUAAUUAGUAUAGUCAGUGCCAUCGGAAUCAAGUGAAGCAUUACCAUUUACAAGCAUCAGGCAAGUCCUAGCCACGGGCCGCUUCCAGUCCGUGGAAUCAAGGAUUUUAUACUGAACUGCAGGGUUUCACCGGUUUCGGCUUGAUUCAGUUGAAAAAAAAAAAAAGAAAAAUAUCGGUUCAAACCAGAUUGAAACCACCCAGUCCAUUUUAAGAGGGAUGGAGAUGAUUCUGAUCCGACAGCUCCGGUCUGAUUCCAUUUCUAAGUUAGACCAGUCUAGUUCUGGGCCCGAGCCAAACUGUGGCUGGGUCUGCAGCAGUUUGCAAGUGAAGGAAGACAUAUUCUUCUCACAAGAGAAGGUUAUGCAAAGAUGAGUCCAUGAGAGUGAGAGAUUCAAGAUGAACAAGUGCAGAA